AUGUCCAUGUCACCCACGGUCGUCAUCCUGGCAUGUCUUGAGUUCUUCUUGGACCACAGCGUGUGGGCACACGUGGGUGGUCAGGACAAGCCCUUCUGCUCUGCCUGGCCCAGCGCUGUGGUGCCUCAAGGAGGACACGUGACUCUUCGGUGUCACUAUCGUCAUGGGUUUAACAUCUUCACGCUGUACAAGAAAGAUGGGGUCCCUGUCCCUGAGCUCUGCAACAGAAUAUUCUGGAACAGUUUCCUCAUUAGCCCUGUGACCCCAGCACACGCAGGGACCUACAGAUGUCGAGGUUUUCACCCGCACUCCCCCACUGAGUGGUCGGCACCCAGCAACCCCCUGGUGAUCAUGGUCACAGGUCAGAGGGCUCCUAUCUGGGCUUCUCCUUGUCCCACCUCCUGA